AAUCAAUAAAAAAAUCACAUAAAAUUUGGAUCAAGAAAAAGAGUGUGAUAAAACCUCGUUCUUGAACACAAUUUAUAUUUAUAGCGCUUAAAUCUUGUUAAAUAUCCGACAUGGCAACUGGCGAUCAAGAAUUUAAGGAACCCGAACAAUGUCCUUCGCACAAUACUAAAGAAGGAGUAGAACCAGAACUAGAGUUGGAGAACAACGGUAUUGAAAAUGACGACCAAGGCGCUAAAGCAACAUCCGUUCCAUGUGCACAAACUCCAACUCCAACUAAAAACCAAGAAGCUCCUGUUGAAAAGCCCACAUGCGCUCGCAGUCGUAUUCCGGAAAAUAAGUUGAAGAGAAUUCAGAAGUGGUUGGACAAUGUCAAUAACUUGGGUGGACGUUUUGAAAUAUCGAGUCAAGUAACAGAAACCGAGCCAUCCAGUAAAAUCUCUACUCCGACUUCCCAAGACACAAAUUCGCCAAGUAAUUAAAAUGUAGAGAAAUGUUUUUUUGCACCCUAUAAUCUGCAUUUUAUACAUUUAAAUCUUAUUCUGUAAGUAUGUAAAGAAUUUGCAUUGCAUUACAUAAAUUGUGAAAGUCAAAAAGUUAA